UUUCAUAUAACAAACUGCACCCAAGAGCAAUCGUAUAAAAUACUGGAACUGGUAGAACAACAGCAUCAGUUCAACGCAAACUACCACACAGUAAACAAUAUGCAGUUCCUCAAAGUUGUCGCCAUCUUCGUGUUCGGUCUCUUGGCUCUGGCCAGUGCUUCCCCUGUGGCCGAUCCUGGAAAUGUGGUCAUUAAUGGAGACUGCAAGUGGUGCAAUGUGCGAGCAUAAAUAUUCAACCAUGGAGCUCACCUCUACACAUCGCAGCCAGCAAAUAAUUAUGAUAGCUUUUAAUAAAAUGACUUAAAUUAUAAUAAUAAAAUUCCAAAAACAAUUUAUUUAUAACAUA